CAACCAGCCUAGAUAAUCAAGGUAUCACAAAUAUUAUGAAUUGAGUCGAACUACAAGAUAAUAUCCUUCCCUUCAAUUGUAUAUCUUUAUACGCACUUAUUCAUGACUAAAGACAUCAAAAGACUUGAGAUAAGGUAUUCCUACUAGACCAUGCAUAAGAUAAGCGCUCUUAGACCGGGUUGUUAGGGACUCGUAUGGAGGAAUCGGGUGACAUCUUCGGCAAAAUGUGGGGUAUUACUACUACAUCUGCAUGAUAGACAAGAUCCGGUCUUUGAUGGAACUGUUUUAUGCAGAGAGGGGGUCUAUUUUGUUGGUUCUAUCUAUGCAAGGCUUCUCCGCCUCAUAACAUACCUCAUAACUGACUGCAUGGCAUCAACACAAGGGGGAGUAACCAAGUAUCAACGUUUAACUACUUAAUACACCGUAUAUCGAGGAUACGAGCGUCACGAUAAGGGCGUAUCACCCAUCUUUUACCACGGCCAUUUACUUUACAAUACCCAAUUAUACCAAUUCGCAACCAUUAGAAGCAACAAUCUAUCCCAUUUAAUAUCUAGGAAAGGCAGGCAAGAUGGACUCAUCAACACAUCGUGUGGUAGAUAUCCACACUCACCUGUAUCCUCCAGCAUACGUCCAACUCCUCGAAUCAAGAACCAGCAUCCCCCUAAUCCGCAAGUUCGCCGGCGCCAAAGAACCCCGCCUCAUCAUUCUCCCCGCUGAGGCCGAAUCACUAGAUAAAAUCACAUCAGAUGAUCCGGACAAGACAUCCUCUCACCUUCCAGGCCGACCUGUCACAACCCAUUACUCGUCCCUCAGCCAAAAACUUCAUUUCAUGGAUACCCAUAAGAUCGAUAUCUCAGUAAUCUCACUCGCGAACCCUUGGCUUGACUUCCUAGCCCCGGAAGACGCCGGGGAAACCGCUAAAACCAUCAACCAGGCAUUUUCGGACAUGUGUGCGACAGAGCCGGGUAGAUUAUUCUUCUUCGCUACAUUACCACUAACCGCGCCGCCUGAAACCCUCCUCGCGGCCGUCGGGCACGUGCGCAGUCUUAAAUACUGCCGGGGCGUGAUCUUAGGUACCUCGGGGUUAGGCAAGGGACUCGAUGACCCAGCUUUAGUACCGGUUUUCAGCGCCCUAGCGGCGAAUAAGUUAUUCGUGUUCUUACAUCCACAUUAUGGUCUGCCAAGCGAGGUCUGGGGUCCCCGCGCGACGGGGGAGUACGGACACGUGCUCCCGCUUGCUCUAGGCUUCCCAAUGGAAACUACGAUUGCUGUUGCGAGGAUGUACCUAGCGGGCGUUUUCGACCAGGUCCCGGAUUUACGUAUGUUGCUUGCGCAUAGCGGUGGUACGUUACCGUUCUUGGCGGGUCGGAUUGAGAGUUGUAUCGUGCAUGACGGACACCUGGUUCGCGAAGGGAAGGCGGGGAAGGGCCGGAGGACGAUAUGGCAGGUUCUUCGGGAGCAGAUAUAUCUGGAUGCCGUUGUGUACUCGGAGGUUGGUCUCAAGGCCGCGAUCGAUGCGAGUGGUGUCGAUAGGCUGAUGUUCGGGACGGAUCACCCAUUCUUCCCGCCGUUAAGUAGUGAUGAGCAGGGUGAGUGGGAGAGCGUCACUUGGAAUGCCGAGGCGGUGAGGAAAGCUUUGGGAGAGGGGAGUGAGAAUGCGAAAGCGGUUAUGGGAGGGAAUGCAUUUGAAGUGUUGGGAUUGCAUGAGGAUGGGUAAAGAGAUUGAAUUCAAAAACUAUAGAGCACCUAGGUAGAUGAUGUUGA